AUGUCCGCCCCCUUGAACCGGUUGACGAUUGCUAAGGAGGUCAAAAAGGGCUCCGACUUGACGCCCGAGCAAAAAUUCUGGAAAACCUACCGUUCGCCUCUGCUCGUCAAAGAGUACAAUGCCAUCUCUCACGUUUCCUUCAACCAUCACAAUGACUUUGCCGUCACCUCGUCUACUCGAAUCCAGAUCUUCUCUGGAAAGACCCGAAAAGUCACCAAGACUAUCUCUCGUUUCAAGGAUACUGUAUACUGCGGCGAGUUCCGGUCUGAUGGUAAGCUGAUUGUGGCCGGUGAUGCUACAGGUCUGGUUCAGAUCUUCGAUGCCGUGUCGAGAAACAUUCUGGUGACUCUGCAGGCGUCCCAACUGGCCACUCAUGUGACUAAGUUCCACCCCACAAACCUCACCACUCUCCUCACAGCCUCCGACGACCGAAGCGUCAAGCUCUACGAUAUCACCAGCUCCACUCCUCUGAUCGAGUUUGAGGGCGCUCAGGAUUACGUUCGAUGUGGAGAGUUUGUCGAUGCCAACGUUGUCGCUGCUGGUUCGUACGACGGAACUGUUCGACUCUACGACGCCCGAUCCGGAAAGACCCCCAUCUCUUCUCUGGCUCAGGAUCACCCGGUUGAGGAUGUCCUCUACCACAACGGAAUGGUGUUGUCUGCCGGAGGUCCCAUUGUCAAGGCCUGGGACAUGACCACCGGAAAGACCAUCCGACAAAUGGGCAACUUCAGCAAGACCGUUACUUGCCUGGCCCCUACUCACGGUGCUUCUGGAUUCUUCGCUGGCUCCCUAGACGGCCAUGUCAAGGUCUUUGAUGAUACCUCAUUCAAGGUUACCUACGGCUGGAAGUACGGCUCCGGAGUGCUCUGUACUGGUAUGUCUCUAGACUCCCAGCAUAUUGUGGCCGGUCUGGUUUCCGGUAUUGUCGCUGUUCGAACCCAGCAGCCCAAGAAGGACGAGAAGAUCAGCAACGGACGGGUUCUGGACCAGAAGGCUGCUGUUGAGGAGGAGAAGAAGAAGAAGGCAGAGGGACCCGUGCUUGGAGGAACCAAGUACGAGGGUCAGUUUGAGCAUGUCAUUGUCGAGGAGCACGAGCGGCCCAACAAGAAGCUGCUGAAGCGAUAUGAAAACCUGCUUCUCGGAUUCCGAUGGGGUGAUGCUCUCGAUGCUGCACUGUCUGGAGAGCAUCUGGAGACCUCUGUUCUGGCUCUGGAAGAGCUCAAGAAGCGAGGUAAGGUGCGAGCUGCACUGCUGAACCGAGAUGAGGACUCUCUGGAGCCUCUCUUUGAGUUCGCUACCAAGGCCAUUGCUGACUCGCGAUACAUCAACAUUGUUGCUGACUACGUUGCAGUCGUGCUGGACAUGUACACUAGUGUGAUUACCAAGAGCCCGAUACUCGAAGAGCGGGUGUCUGAGUUCUACGACGCUCUCAAGUCCGAGGUCGAGACUGCUAAGGAGAGCAAGAAGAUCCAGGGUAUGUUGGAGCUCCUCAGUGUUUAG